AUUAUGGACUAGAUCCUGAAAUCUAGCUUUUGUUUGUUUAUUUUAAAGAAAUAUUUAUUUUACUUGAAAAUCAGAGUUACAGAGAAGGAGAGAGAGAGAGAGAGAGAGAGGAAGGAAGAGAUCUUCCAUCUGCUGGCUCACUCCUCAAAUGGCUGCAACAGCCGGGCCUGGGCAGGCCAAAGCCAGGAGCCAGGAGGCCCCUCCAGGUCUCUCAUGUGAGUGCAGGGACCCAAGAACUUGGGCCAUCCUCUGCUGCUUUCCCAGGUGCAUCAGCAGGGAGCUGGAUAGGAAGUGGAGCAGCUGGGACUCAAAUUGAUGCCCACAUGGGAUGCUGGCACCACAGGUGUUGGCUCAACCCACUACGGCACAGUGCUGGCUCCUUAACUGUUCUUAAGGGUACAGUUCAGUGGUAUUGAAUUCAUUCAUAAUGUUGUACCACCAUGACCACCAUCUAUCUCUAGAACUUUUUCACUUUGUAAAACAGAAACUCUGUGCCCAUUAAACACUACUCCCCAUGCCUCACUGCCGCCAGCCCCUAGUGACUGUUUUCUCCUACUCUCUGUUUCUAUGGGUUUUGACCAUUCUAAAUCCCCUACGUAAGUGGAAUUAUACAGCAUGAUUCUUUUUGUGACUGGCUGUUUCACCUAACGUAUGUACUGAAGGUUCAUCCACACAACAUGUGUCUGCAUUGCCUUUCUUUUUAAGGGUGUGUGAUAUUCUGGCUUCACAGCCUUUUGCAUAAAGCUUUUUCUUUCUUAUGUGUAACACAGCCUCUCUUGGACCUAUAUAUAGCACAGUUAGGAACACUUUGUGUAUGAUUAUGUUUAAUUCUGUUCAUGGUAGAGAUUUACGAUUUGUUCUUAAUUUGCAGCUUUUUUCGAGGAGCAAACCUCCAAGGGGCCUGUAUGUUUAUGGAGAUGUUGGUACAGGAAAAACAAUGGUGAUGGACAUGUUCUAUGCUUAUGUGGAAAUGAAGAGGAAAAAACGGGUCCAUUUUCAUGGUUUCAUGCUGGAUGUGCACAAAAGAAUUCAUCGCCUUAAACAGAGCUUGCCAAAAAGGAAACCAGGAUUCAUGGCUAAAUCGUAUGACCCAAUUGCUCCCAUAGCUGAAGAAAUCAGCCAAGAAGCCUGUCUCCUGUGUUUCGAUGAAUUUCAGGUCACUGACAUUGCUGAUGCCAUGAUUCUGAAACAGCUUUUUGAAAAUCUGUUCAAAAACGGGGUCGUCGUUGUGGCAACAUCCAACAGACCACCGGAAGAUCUCUAUAAAAAUGGACUCCAAAGAGCUAACUUCGUACCAUUUAUAGCUGUCCUGAAGGAAUACUGUAACACGGUCCAGCUAGAUUCUGGAGUAGAUUACCGAAAAAGGGACCUCCCUUCUGCAGGAAAACUCUACUACCUCACAAGUGAAGCUGAUGUGGAGGCUGUCGUGGAUAAGUUGUUUGAUGAGCUGGCUCAGAAACAAAAUGAUUUAACUAGACCAAGGAUUCUAAAAGUGCAAGGCAGAGAGCUGUGGCUGAAUAAAGCCUGUGGAACCAUUGCCGACUGCACAUUUGAAGAGCUGUGUGAGAGAAAGGGCAGCCCUGGGUGGAAAGGGGAAGGAAGGGCCUGUCAGUCCUGCGGGACCAUCAGAGGACCAGCCCGUGGAGCGGCCUGUCAGUCCUGCGGGACCAUCAGAGGACCAGCCCGUGGAGCGGCUACCGAGUGAGCCCUCUGUUUCUCUCCUGUGCUCCUUAUUUCGGGAGACUCAGUACCCAGAAGAGACCCAGUGGAAGAAUCAUCAGAGUCUGUACUGCAGGGGGGUUAGGGAGAAGAAGGCUGAUUGAGUCUGCAUCUUGAUGAAAAUAACAGUUACAGAAAUAAGUCACUUUUUCUUCUUAUUUGAAAAAAAUGUGGAACCAGGAGCUAAACUCAAAAUAAACAAUGUGCAAAUUUCUUGUUAUCUUUGGCAUUACUUUGUUGAUGAAAUUCUAGGAUGAUGAAAUAUUACAUCCUUCACAAGUUAGUUGUUCAGUCACAUAGGACAUGAUUUUUGCAAAACUAUUUAAGGACUUUAUCACUUUUUUAAACUUAUGAAUACUUCAGUUAUUUUCUUUGAAAAAAUUUUAGAAGUUUAAUUUAUUUAUUUGAAUGGCAGAAAGAAA